CAUACGUGUCCGCCCUAAUUUCCUUUUCCAUUAUAUACAGUAGUAAAUAAAUCCAUGAGAAUGAGCAGGACCCCAAAAUCAAUGUUGAUCGAACAAAGCUCGGCAACUCCGGCGACGAUCACAACAGCUCUUCUGUCCAAGCCCUGAAGCGGUGACUUUCUAGGCUUGCUUCUUACCAGAGAGAGAGCGAUGGAUCCAGAACAGACAUUUAUUCGGGUGCAAGAACGGUUCUCGCAGAUGCUGACGAAGAGAGUCAGAGCAACUUUGGAAUAUGUGUACCUAUUCGUAGCCAUCACUCUCUUCUGUAUUCUGGUCGUCAUGCACGCCAACUAUGUACAGCAGCCUGGCUGUUCAAGUGAGCUCACUGGUGUUGAAACAACUGAAGCCCAGCUUAUUCAGAUUAAGAUUACCAGUGCUGGCUUGUGGUCACAGAAUGAGUCUCAAUAUGAGGUGAUAGAUGUUUCUGUCAAGGAAUCCGAGUCUGAAAAUCUGAAAGUUGAUGAUGGAGAUGAAUUGACCUUUUUGGCUACAGAGUUUUGGUUGAACUGGAUUGGUUCUGGUACAAAGAAGGGCAAAUUGGCAAUGAAAUCCUGGAAGAGCGAUUAUGAUAUCGUUGAACCCCACACAGAAGUUUCUACCAGUGAUGAAAGCUCCAAUCCUGCAAUUGAUGAUGGAUUCCCUAAAAUUAACAAAGAGGAGUCACGUUUUAGGUUUCCCAUAUCAGCCAAGGAGUCAUUCAAAGCAGUGGCAUUCCGUAUCUACAGAAAGUGGGAUGGACGUUUAUCUUUCUGCUGGAGACAUGGAAAGCGAAUCCUUCGAGGUUUAUGGGAUAUUGCAGGUAUACAUCUGAAUCUUGAUAUUCCCAAAUGGCUGCGUAUACUUCACUUAGACAUGCUCAACUCAUAUGCAGUGCAGUGGCUUGAAAAGAAAAGCAAAGCUUUUGAACCAACUUAUUUAUACACUAUGGAGAAGGGUUACUUCUUAUUGCCUGAAGGAGCCAGGUCUCGUCACAACAUACGUACGGUUAACAUUAGCAUAUCAGCUCGGCAUUCCUGCUUUGGGAACAGGUGGCAGCAACUUCUGAUAAACAGACUUGUUGGAUAUGACACUAUUUUAAUGAAUAGUCUGUUGAGUUCUCCUGGUCAAGGUUUCCUUUAUAAUUAUCAAACGAAGGAGUUCUACAAUCUUACUUAUGCACAUGAGCAACCUGAAAGUUCUGCCAAGUUUGGAGAUUAUCUUGUGACAAAGUGUGGUGUCCUUAUGAUGUCACUUUUUGUUUUCUUCACAACUACAAUGUCAGUUUCAUUUACCUUGAGAGAGACGCAAACUCGCAUGCUGAAGUUCACUGUGCAACUUCAACACCAUGCUCGACAUCGGCUUCCUACAUUCCAGCUGAUCUUUGUGCAUGUUAUUGAAUCCCUUGUGUUCGUACCAAUUAUGAUCGGCAUCCUAUUUUUUCUCUUUGAGUUUUAUGAUGACCAGCUGUUGGCUUUCAUGGUCUUAAUUCUCGUCUGGUUGUGUGAACUAUUCACUCUGAUCAGUGUCCGCACACCAAUAUCCAUGAAGUUUUUUCCUCGCUUCUUUUUGCUCUAUUUUCUGGUGUUCCAUAUAUAUUUCUUUUCUUAUACUUAUGGAUUUUCGUACUUGGCUCUCUCCACCACUGCAUCAUUUAUGCAGCAUCUCAUCCUCUACUUCUGGAACCGAUUUGAGGUUCCAGCUUUACAGAGGUUUAUGCAGAACCGGCGGUCACAGUUUCAGCAGCACCCAGAUUUCCACAUCACGUCUUCUACAAUUCUUGCAUCGACUUUGCAUAUCACUAGAUUAAACACAAGACACCCUGUUCCACAAAAUACGGACAUGACAUCUGGACCUGAAACUAGAGUUCCAGAUCCAGUGAUACCCGGUAACGGUGCUGCACUACUUUCUGGAUUUGAAGGACCAGCACAGAAUGAAAACUCAGAUAGUUUUGGCGGCAAUCCUCUACAGGAUGCAGGGCAACCUGACCUCCGCCAAGCAGAAACUGGUGGCAACCCGGGGACCAUGAAUUCGUUUAGUUCCUUGCUACUGUGGAUCUUAGGUGGUGCUUCUUCUGAAGGUCUCAACUCAUUUCUGUCCAUGUUUAGAGAUGUGCGAGAUCAAGGCCAAGUUUUUGCAGAAAACCCUCAGCCGGAAAACCAUAUAACACAUAAUGCUCAGUAGUAGGGGAAGUGAGUUGUGGAAAGGAUUCUGAUGUGGGUUAAAUAGGCUUUAUACUUAUAUAUAUGUUUAUACAUUCUCGGUAUUUAGUUCGUCGAGAAAGGGUGUAGAAUACAGUAUCAGAAUACUUGUAUGAAGAAGGUGGCUCGAUUGUUUUUAA